AGAACAACAGCGGCGAGGGAUCCAUUGCAAAACGAACCAGUUGUUGGAACUCACUUUCCUUUUCUGACCUCGAAAACAGUCGAUACGUAUAUAUAUCUUUUUUUCUGUAUAGCGCAUCACCAUGUCCGUCGUCCUUUCCGAGUCGCAUCCAGAGCACCCCUUCAACCUCAUCCCCGAGCUCUGUAGGAAGUUUUUCGACCUCGGUUGGGCCACCGGCACCGGCGGUGGCAUCUCGAUCAAAAUGGGCGACAAGUACUACGUCGCCCCGAGCGGGGUGCAGAAGGAACGCAUUCGCCCUGAUGAGAUUUUCAUCCUCGACGCGGAGCAGGAGGUCGUCGAGGAGCCCCGCACAACGGAGAAGAAGCUGAAGAUGUCGGAGUGCACGCCGCUAUUCUUCAACGCCUACCGCAUGCGCAACGCCGGCGCCUGCCUACACACCCACUCGCAGAGCUGUGUGCUGAUCAGCCUGCUGUGCGACAAGGAGUUUCGCAUCUCGCACAUCGAGAUGAUCAAGGGCGUCAGCAACAACGUCACGAAGAAGGCGUUGGGCUUCCGCAACUCCCUGGUGGUACCAAUUAUCGAGAACACCGACUUCGAGGCGGACUUGACCUCCUCCAUGGCGGAGUGCAUGAAGAAGUACCCCGAGUCGUGUGCCGUGCUGGUGCGCCGCCAUGGCAUGUACGUGUGGGGUGACACAUGGCAGAAGGCGAAGGGUGCGGUGGAGUGCAUUGACUACCUCAUGGAGCUCGCGAUUCGCAUGAAGUCUUUGGGGCUCGAGUGGGAGCCGCAGCCGAAGAGCGUGCCCUGA